AUGGGCUGGGGUUGUAGUGGCUCUCUAGGUUUAGUAAUCCUGGUGAUUCUGGGGUUAUGUCAUGGACAAGCAGACUUUUGGAAAGCUGGUACAGAAGCCAUCCAGUAUCUCUAUCGGUGCGGAGACCAUGGUUUGCAAUUGCUUGUGUACCCCAGUCCCAGCCAAGCGGUCCGCUUUAAAGUUGUGGAUGAAUUUGGGAAAGUCUUUGAAGUUUCCAAUUGUCCCUUCUGUCAUCACGUGAUCACAUCACAUAAUAGGACAGUUGCCUUCUCUGCUGGCUAUGAUGGCUGUGGUGUAAUAAAGAAGGAUGGCAUACAUCACUUGAAAGUCCAUUUAGAGGAACUAACAAGGAACGGAAGAGUAGUAGCUGUUCAUGAGAUCAACAUGAUCUGCCCCAAGCCACAGGAGCAUGUCACAACCCCAGAGAACAAUAUGCGCCGUGUCAACCAGCCGCAACCUGUUCUAGUGCAUACAGGAGGAUCCCAGCUAGGCCUGGUACACCAUGGGCAGUCCCGGCCCGGUCUUCUUCUGCCACACCAGCCCAGCAGAGUGCAUCCAGGACAAUCUCAGACUGGUCAACUUCUCCCACUCCAGCCUGGCCAACCCGGUCUUGUGCACCCAGGAGAAUCUCAGCCCGGUCUCUUGCGUCCCAUCCAGCCAGGACAGGUGCGCCCAGGAGAAUCUCAGCCCGGUCUCUUGCGUCCCAUCCAGCUAGGACAGGUUCGCCCAGGAGAAUCCCAGCCUGGUCUCUUGCGUCCCAUCCAGCCAGGACAGGUGCGCCCAGGAGAAUCUCAGCCCGGUCUCAUGCGCCCCAUCCAGCCAGGACAAGUGGGCCCAGGAGAAUCUCAACCAGGUCUGGUACACCCAAUCCAGCCAGGACAGGUUCGCCCAGGAGAAUCUCACCCCAGUCUCUUGCGUCCCAUCCAGACAGGACAGGUUCGCCCAGGAGAAUCUCAGCCCGGUCUUGUGCGCCCAGGAGAAUCUCAGCCUGGUCUCUUGCGUCCCAUCCAGCCAGGAAAGGUUCGCCCAGGAGAAUCUCACCCCAGUCUCUUACGUCCCAUCCAGCCAGGACAGGUUAGCCCAGGAGAAUCUCAUCCCGGUCUUGUGCGCCCAGGAGAAUCUCAGCCCGGUCUCUUGCGUCCCAUCCAGCCAGGACAAGUGCGCCCAGGAGAAUCUCAGCCCAGUCUUCGGCACCCAGGAGAAUCUCAGCCUGGUCUCUUGCGUCCUGGCCAGCCAGGACAGGUUCACCCAGGAGAAUCUCAGCCCGGUCUUCUGCACCCAGGAGAAUCUCAGCCCGGUCUCUUGCGUCCCAUCCAGCUAGGACAGGUUCGCCCAGGAGAAUCUCACCCUGGUCUUGUGCGCCCAGGAGAAUCUCAGCCUGGUCUCUUGCGUCCCAUCCAGCCAGGACAGGUUCGCCCAGGAGAAUCUCAGCCCGGUCUUGUGCGCCCAGGAGAAUCUCAGCCCAGUCUCUUGCGUCCCAUCCAGCCAGGACAAGUGCGCCCAGGAGAAUCUCAGCCCGGUCUCUUGCAUCCCAUCCAGCCAGGACAGGUUCACUCAGGAGAAUCUCAGCCUGGUCUUGUGCGCCCCAUCCAGCCAGGACAAGUUAAACCAGAAGAAUUUCAGCCCAGUCUCUUACGUCCCAUCCAGCCAGGACAGGUACACCCAGGAGAAUCUCAGCCUGGUCUUGUGCGCCCAGGAGAAUCUCAGCCAGGUCUCAUGCACCCAAUUCAGCCAGGACAGGUUCAGCCAGGAGAAUCUCAGCCUGGGCUUGCCCGUCCCCUCCAGCCAGGUCAUGUGCACCCACUCCAGCCUGGCCUAGUGCAUCCUGUUGUGUCACAACCUGGCUUAGUACAUCCAGGGCAGUUACAGCCAGGCCUGGUGUAUCCAGGCGAAUCCCAACCUGGCCAGCUUCUUCCACUUCAACCAGAUCAUGUUCAUCCAGGGGAGCCCUUUCCUGGGCCUGUGCAUCCAAUGGUUAUCCAGUCUAGUCUAGGUCGCCCUCUAACUCAGCAGCAAUGCCAAGUUUUUUCUGGGAGAAUACCUUGUGCAGAAGUACAAGGACCAACAGCUUGCCAUCAGACUGGUUGCUGUUAUGAUGCUAGGGAUCAGGUGACACCAUGCUACUAUGGCAACACAGUCACUGUUCAGUGCCUUCGAGAUGGCUACUUCAUUUUGGUAAUUUCCAGGGAUAUGUUGGAUUAUCCGAUUAUCCUGGAGAGUGUCAGACUCUCCUAUGCCCAAGCAGAUUGCAGUCCAAUCAGAAAAACAGAAUCUUUCCUGGUCUUCCGCUUUCCUCUCACACAGUGUGGCACAACUGUUCAGGUGACUGGUGGCAAAUUGAUAUACGAAAACCAGCUUGUUUCUGGCCUUGACAUCCUAAAAGGGCCAGAUGGCUCUAUUACACGAGACAGUACCUUAAUGCUUCAUGCUCGUUGUAUCUACAACACUACUGAUUUCCUGCCACUUCAGGUUGAAGUGUUUUCACCUCCUAGCCCAGCUCCAAUUUUCCAAGUAGGGCCCCUCCGGCUUGAGCUGCGCAUUGCCACAGAUUCGAGCUAUACCUCAUACUACUCACAGUAUCCUAUUGUGAAGAUCCUGAGAGACCCUGUGCAUGUAGAGAUUCGCAUCCUACAGAGAGAUGACCCAUCCCUAGUUCUGGUUCUUAAUGAGUGCUGGGCUACUCCAAGUUCAAAUCCCCUUGAGCAAUUACAGUGGCCAAUCCUGGUAGAUGGAUGCCCAUUUGAAGGAGACAACUACAGAACCCAGCUGGUACCCAUGGGACCUGCUACGUCAGAACUUCACUUUCCUAAUCACUACCAGCGUUUCAUCAUUUACACAUUCACAUUUGUGGAUUCUGCCCCUCAAAUGGUGCUAGAUGGUUUGGUGUACCUCUUCUGCAGUGUAUCUGUUUGCCAUCCCGCCGAUCAUGAUUCCUGCAGGGUUGAAUGUCAAAUGCCAGUGGCUUCAAGAGGCCGUCGGUUUUUGAAGGAGGAAAAUGAGACAGAAUCCUUGGACUUAGUAAGCACUUAUGGAGCUGUAAUUUUUCAAGAGAGUAUUCAUGAGAAACAAGUCGAGUGGAAGAAUGAUGUGAUCUCCAGUGAAGACCUGACACUGGUACUUUUGGUGGUACUACCUAUCAUUGGGAUUAUCCUAUUUAUUGCUGUGCUAGUGCUCUGGAAGAAAAGAAGCAGGAUGACAAAGCUCUAA